CAUGCCAUGUCUGUGCUUGGAAGUUUACCUGAUGAAACGAAAGUGUUUUGUGGUCAUGAAUAUACAAUGCAAAACUUAAAAUUUGCCAAAAAAGUAGAUCCUACAAACAAACAAGUAGAGCAAGCUAUAAAAUGGGCAUCGGAUUUGAGAAAUAAAAACACACCAACGGUUCCAUCUAGUAUUGCUAAAGAAAAAAUGAUAAAUCCUUUUAUGAGGUGAUGAUGUUUGUGUACAACAAUAUGCUGGACAUACGGGGUGCAAAGUACGAACCAUGGCUGAAAUUCGAAGACAGAAAGACUCAUUCAGUGGUUAAC